ACUAUUAAAUUAUUGCUGCAGAGAUUGAUCAUUCAGUCAGUGCUGAUUCAGCAAGGAGUAUGGGACGCAGUUAACAAUCCCUGUUGCCAAUGUGGAGGAAUUCCGCCAUGGCAGAACCCUCUACCCGGCCAGAGGCCAGUGGGACAUUCACUCGGCGUAAACUGGGUGAAACGGUAGUAUGUUCUCGCAAGGAAUACAGUAUGUACUGGGAUUAUGUGGAUGAUGUCAAGAAUGACAUUAAAAACAAACAACAGCGAGAAAGACAGAAAAAGUUUCUUGAGCUGGAAGAGCAGGGUCUAAUUUCAGACAGCGUGACUGGGGAAGAUAUCAGAACCUUCAUACGAUCGAAUGAGCUCCCAAGGCAUGAUAAAUCACAGCAGCAGCAUGGACUGGAGCAAACAAAAAAAUCCAAAAUCCAAAAGAGGACAAUCAAAGAGAAGGAUGGACUCCUGAAUGGAAGACGACUUCCGAGCAUAACGACACCGCAGACAUCUGCACCAGAUAGAACACGGCUACACCUCAUUGAAAAUGAAAUAAAACAUGAGUUGAACAGGAAGAGAUACAUGAGAGACAUCCAGGAGAAAAGGAGCCAAAGGGAAAAAAGUAUCUUCGAACACAGGGCUGCAGCACAGCAGGCAGAAGUGGAUACGUUGACGAAAACCCUAAGGGAGUUAGAGAAUAUGAGGGUACACACUAAGGUUCAAACAAAACUUCUCAAUCAAGUUUUGGGUAACUCCACCUCAGGUAAGCGCCAUAAAAUAUUUACAUUGGGGGCCACUCCGAGUGAAAUCAAGCAGAUGCUGUGAAAAACCAGAGGCCAGAAGGGGGCUUAGUACAUUCAUCUGAGAAGUGUGUGAAUGGACACAUCAGUGCACCCUGAUCUUCUCUUGCUUCUUUUGAUCUUCUCUUGCUUCUUUUGAUCUUCUCUUGCUUCUUCUGAUCUUCUCUUGCUUCUUUUGAUUUUCUCUAACUGGAAGAAACCUCUCUGACAGAUUUUUCCAUAUAGAAAUGAGGAUUAUGUGUGGUGACCUGAGGUCUUUUGUACAAUUCUAAGAGGCCUCCAUGGUGCUGCUAUGUGUGUAAAUUCAUAAACACCAGUAGCCAAUAUGAUACAUAAUCAUAUUGGCUACUGGUGGUCAGAGACCUACUACUACUAUGGCCGUUCAUGUUGCAUGCGACGAACUGCUUCCGGUUUUGAGCGUCUCUCUUCCAGGAAGGACUUGUAGGCCUCCUCAGUGGCUCUGCAGCCGUUGGUCAGAGACCAUUUAUCAGAGAAAAUGCUAUUUUCUGGUUUUCUUUUUGACAUGACAUGUUUUUUUUUCUAAAGCAAGUUCACGGUCCUUUAUUUUUUUAAGGCUUUAAAAUCCAGUCUUGGUGAUAAUACAUAGUGCCCCGAAAAAGCUUUUCAUUUUAAGACAAUUAGAGAUAAUUGAAUCUAGACUGUGAGUAAAUUGUAUUGAACUCUCAAGCACUCUGAAUGGGGGGGACAGGACGGCUUUUGACAGGACGGCUGCCUUCUGGUCUUGUAAAUUUUCAAUGGUCUUGGCAUUCAGACCAGAUCAUUUGGCUCUAGGUUUGUCAUUGGAAUCCCUGUCAUUGUGUUGCUGCCACCACUUUUGAACCAUAAUGUGUCAUUAUAACCAGAGCUUCUCCAGCCUCUUGAAGGGCUUGAGAAAGAUAUUGGCAUUUCGGAUUUGCCCUUGCCACUUAAAUCUGAACAUUUCUUUCUAAUGCUCAUAUUUUUUAAGGAGGGUUUAAUGUAAUUUAUUGCUCUCUAAUGAAAUAGUAAAGUUGUGUUUGUGGACUGAGGUGGCACUGCUACCCAAAAGCAUUGUCACUGAAUUGUGAAUUAUUUCAUAUUUUUUGUAGUAAAAUCACCACAGAAAAUUACCGUGCCGAGGAGGCCCACACUCCAACACCUUGCUCCUUUACCAGCCAGGGGACAUGACAUAACUAACCAGAUAUCUUCAUCAGUCAUCAAAUUGCUGCCCCCAUCGGUUGACACACCAUAUCGAGAAUUGCCUUGUCUUGGCAAAGUGAAGCUGCCGACUAACCAACUUGAUCCCGAGGCUAACAAGAAGGCUAGAAUUACUCAGGCUCUGCUGGACCACUUAAGUAGUGAAUCUUUUAAGAUGCAAAUUGCAGAGUGCAUCCGGAAUGAGACUAUGCUGACGAAUUCUGAACUUCGUCCUCAUAGGGCAACCAGAGUCCUGAGGGGCAAGUUGGCUACUGACAUAUUACUGUGCCUUUUUCGCACAGUCAGGCCUUCCAAACUCUUUGUUGAGUCCUCUGAACACCAGAACCAAUCUGAUACCUCACCUGUGAAACAACUUCACCCUUAUGUGACUGAAAUCAUUAACAGCGUCCUUCAGGAGAUCAGAGUCAAAGUUCUUGAAAAACUCAAUUUUGCUUCUUUAGGAGAUUCUCAAAUGAUAUCUCCUCAAACCUCUGAGAGAGCACUGAAUGGGUUAAGGCUUGUUCUACAGAAUCUUGAGACAGAUUUAAUGGAAACCAUCAGCCUUGUUGAAGCUAUAGCUGCAGACAUAUAUGAACAAGCUCCAAGAACUGAGGCUCCUGUUAAGGAAUCAGGGACUGGAACGCUUACAUAUCAAGUUGAAGCUAUUUCAGAUGAUCUUAUCAGAAUUGCACUUGAAAGUAUUGCUUGCAGUCCUUGCAGUCCAUCAAGUGACGAGGCAAGAACCUCAAAGUUGCAAAUUCAUGAUCAAAGUGGCAACACUUCUGAUUCGGAAUCAUACUGUUCAGAAAAAGAUUCCAUGAAUUAUGGCACAUCACAGGAGUCAACUUUAAAUGUAUCUUUGAGUUUUGCAAAGUCCCCAGCUGUUCACAGCCAGGUCGAGCCCAAGACUGAGGCUAUUAAUGCUUCCAUUGUGAAGAAAGAGAAUAUUGCAUGGGAGGCAAUGGACCAAAGACGGCCAUUUGAGGUUGCAAGCAAAACCAAAAACAUUGAGGCAAAGAUUUCUGAUGAUAUUUAUCCACCGACAAUGGCAAGUGCUAGUAGUAAUCUCUCUAGUUCUUCCUACUCCUCUUGCAGUGUGGCUGUUUUCCAGUCUGUAGAAUGUGGGUCAGUCUCCUUACAGGAAUCUGAAGUCUCUACACCAGAGAGCUCUUCAGAUGAGCUUGAGAUGCUGGCAGGUGCCAGUAGCGCUACUUCUGUUGCUUUACCCUCUCCCACUGGUGUGGCAACUUUCAAGACUGUGGGCCAAUUUCCUUUAAAACAGUUGAAACCUCAAUAUUGGAGGCCCCUUUAGUUGAGGUUGAGAUGCCGGCAGGUACCAGUUGUACUCCCUUGGGAAGCCUGGAAAAGUCUGCUGGCAGAUCAUCAAUAGACCAAAAUAACCACGAUUGGAACAUGAAAGAUAAUGCCAUGUGUUCACUGCCCAAAGACACCACUGUUGCAUCACAGAUUUCAAAAGAAGUGAGUGUUCGGUCAUCAAGCAUGAUUAGUCAGCCCCUUGCAGUUCAGCGUUCUCAAACAGAAGAAAUUCAAUUGAGUCUGCCCAGUGUUUCUCUUGAUUCAACGACCUCAGACCAAGUGUCUGUUGGAAACGGAGUGUAUACUGCCAACAGAAGUCAUUCUUUACCCAGCUUUUUUCCAGCAAUUGCCGAUGAAGUAAUGCAAUAUCUUACGUCACUAACAUGUAAGGAGAGGAUAACUCAAGCAGUGAAGAAUGAACUCAAAUGUUCUUUUUCUGGAAAUGACCUUCCAUCAUCAUUAAAUCUGAAUGUGGGGCCUGAGGAAAGGAGAGCUAUGAGGAACAUGUUUAAAAAAGUAUCCAAAGAACUAAGUAAUUUACGGUCAAGAGAACGUAUUCUUUCUCUUUGGCCGGAUGAGACAACAGGGCCCUCCUCUGACCACAAUGCUGUUCUCAGUCAAGUCAAUGCAGUUACAUUACAACUAAUUGACACAGUGUUCAGUGAAGUCAAGGAACAACUUGCCACUGAAAUAAAGCAGGAAUCUCCAAAGAGGGGAGUGUCUCCACUGGGCUGUCAGACAGCAAUAAAAGCUGUAUGCUUGUCAUUAGAGGAUAUGAAAAUGACCCUGGGGAAUGAAAUGUCCAUUGCCUCUGCCAGUCAAAUGUUGCGGUCUGUAAGUUCUGAAAAAGCAGUUGAUCCAGAAGUGGAGAAACAUGGAACAGUCUCCUCUAAAGAAGACAAUCUCUCAACAUCCAACAGUACCUUAAUUGAUCUUGAUGCUUUGGCAGGCUUUACUAAAAAGGUUAUUCUUAAACCUACAAAUGUCAGCACAUCUAAAGGAGUUAAUACUGUGGCAAAAGUGUGCCCCUCUCUCAAUGAUAUUGCAUUGUCAUGCCAUCAAAAAAACAAUUAUGAGGACACUCUUCCGUAUCAUAAAACUAAACAGUCUUCCUCUGAUGGCACAGUUGUACAAAGUCAGGUGGAUACUAUGGGUGAGGUCACUGGUGCUCCCAGUAGUUUGGAAGUUUUCAAGACUGAAGAAACUCAAUCAGUCAUCUUACAGGAAGCUGAAGUCUCUUCACUAGAGAUAUCUUCAAAUGAUGUUGAGACGCUGGCAGGUGCUAGUGGUGCUCUCUCUGGAUCUUUAUCCCCUGCAAGCAGCCUGGACGUUUUCAAGACAGAAGAAUAUCUUUCAGUUAUCUUACAGGAAGCUGAAGUCUCUACACUAGAGAUGUCUGCAGAAGAGAUUGAGAUGCUGGCAGGUGCUAGCCCUGCGCUCUCUGGUGCUUCUUCUUCCUCCAGUAGUUUAGAAGUUUUCAAGACUAAACAAUCUCGAUCAGUCAUCUUACAGGAAGCUACACCAGAGAUCUCUUCAGAUGAGGUUAAGGUGCUGGCAGGUGCCAUUAGUGCUCUCUCUGUUACUUCAUCCUCUCCCAGCAAUUCUCAGCAUUCUCAAUCACAGGAGAUUCAAUUGAAUGUGCCCAGUUUUACUCUUGAUUCAACCGGCUCAGAUACCAACCGAGUGUAUACUACCACCAAAACCCAAUCUUUGCCCUGCUUUUAUCCAGCAAUUGCAAACGAAGUAAGUCAAUAUUUUACUACAACAUCAUUUAAGGACAGGAUCACUCAAGCGGUGAAGAAUGAACUUAAACGUACUUUUUCUGUAAAAGAGUUGUCAUCAACACCACAACCAAAGCUGGGGCCUGAGGAGAGGAGAGCUAUAAGGACCAUGCUUAAAACAGUAUCACAAGAACUUAAUGAUUUAAUGUCAAGAGAAAACAUUCUCUCCCUUUUGUCAGUUGAGAUAGCUGCUUGCGGCUCACCCGAGCAUGAUGUUCUUCUUGAUCAACUCAAUGCUGCUGCAUCACAACAAAUAGAGGCAGUGUUUAAUACAGUUAAGGAAAACCUUGCUGCUAAAAUAAAUCAAGAAUCUUCUAAGAGGGGGGUGUCUCCAUUGGCCAGUCAGACAGCAAUGAAAGCUGUAUGCAAAUCAUUAGAGGAUAUAAAAAUGACUUUGAUUGGGGAUGAAAUGUGUGUCACCUCUACCAGUGGAAUACAGCUGUCAGUUCUGAGGAUACAAAUGUUGUUCCUGAAAUGUCAAGUGCAAACAACAGGUUUCCUGAAGCAAAAACUCCAUCAACAGUUUCUCUCAGUUCUCAGAAUUCUACCUCCCAUGCAGCGACUGUUAGUAGGACACCACAUGCUGCCACUAAGAGUCUGUCACUUCCCAAUUUUUAUCCCAUUAUUGCUAAUGAAGUUCUUCAACAUAUCUCUACACCACCAUUUAAGGAGCAUGUUCGUCAAGUAUUGAAGAAACAAUAUAAAAUGUCACGAUCUAUGAAUGAUAUAACAUCAGCACUACAACAGAAACAGGGGGCAGAGGAGAGACAUUUUACAAGGGACAUGCUAAGAAGCGUAUCUACAGAGCUAAAUGCUUCAAUGUCCACACAAAAUGUCUCCAUGUCACCUGAGACUCCAAGGCCCUUCUCAGCACCCGAAGAUAACACGCACCAACGGCUUAAUGCAGUUGCAUUAGAACUUAUCAAAAGAGUUUAUGGCCAAGUCAAAGAAAAGCUGAUUGCUACAAUCAAUCAAGAAUCUCCGAAGAGGGGGUUGUCUCCUGUGGCUAGUCAGACAGCAGUUGAUGUUAUAUGCAGAACAUUAAAUGUUAUUGAAAUGACUCUUAUGGAUUGGGCGAGAAGCCCAUCCACUUCACCUUCACAACUUCAAAAGAGCAAGGACCUUGAAAGAGGGUCAGCUUCUGAGGAAACCUUGGAGGUAGAAAAUGCAUUGUCCCGUAUUGAUGUUGUCACUGAUGACCUGAUUGAGGAUGUGAUUAGCAUGUUCUUGGACACAGACUCUGCACUAUCUAGUAGGACUGGUACACCUACUCAAAGGGCUGGAAGAGGCACGUGGUUAAAUGAAGUAAUCAAGCAGUCCGUAAGCAUGUCACCAACAGGAAGCAAGGCAUACAUCACAAAGAGUCCAGAUGAUACCAAUGUCUCACUCACUCUAGGAUCUUUCACUCACCUGCUGCCCAGAAUUACAGAUGAAAUUUUGGAACAUUUUUCCUCUGCAUGCUUUAAAGAGUGCAUUAUUCAGUCUGUGAAGAAUGUGAUUAGACAGCGUUUGUCUGCAGUCAGUAUCAAAGACAUAAUGGAAGUCAUAGUUAAGAGUGUUUAUCACAAAAUGGCUCUAUUGAUAAAUAUAAAUGCUGCAGAAUCUCAAAUUGUUGACUACGAUAUCCCAAAACCUGAAAUGAUGGAGCUUCCUGUCCUAGAAGUUAUUGAUCCACGGUCUGCUCAUGAGUUGGCCAGUUCUAUUAAACAGAUCACCGUAGCAGCUCUUAACCACUUGAGUACCCAGCUAAAUGAUCAAAUUAAACAGAAAUCCAACAGUGGGGAGGAAAGUGAGUUAGUUAUCAAUGCACUGAGUGAUACUUUGGGAACUAUGGUUGCAUGCAUCAGCAACAUUCAGUUCUUCAGAGAAGAGUUACACUGUGACAUUUCUAAGAUUAAUAACAUUCCCACUCAGAAAUUGAUAGGACAGUGGAUAUCAUUAUCUAAACUAGACUUAAUUUCUAUAUGUCUGGCUACAUCUGUGUUAGAUGGCGUGUAUCAUGACGACAGUGCAACUACCUCUAAUUCAAAAACAUCACAGAAUGAGCUUGAAGCAAAUAGUCAUUCAUCAGGAUCUAUUAUCUAUCCUUCAAAACCAGCAUGCCCUGCUAAUAAAAGGUCAUUUCGAGCAAGGAAGUGGUCAUCAUGCUCAACCUUUCAGAGGUCUGCAGACACUGAUCCAGACAUUGCAGUUCACAGCAAAAGCCUUGACGUUUUGCCCAGGAAUGACAUUAACAGUGAAAAUGAGGACCAGCUUGAAAGCUUAUCAAGUGGGCCCAUGUCCAUGUCUUCCAGUAUUUCAAGUCUCGAAGAAAAGAGAAGUCACGUCUGUUCACCUGGUAAGGUAAUCGCCUCGAGAUCUGUCAUGAAUUUCAGGGAGGAACUGCAAAUGGACUAUACAAUGCAGCCUAAACCUCCAUGCAAAAAAAGUGAUCAGUCUCUCCAAAAGCUACCAGUUGGAAACACAAAAACUUUGGGUAAGAGGAAAGUGAGAUUACACACAAUCUACCGUAACCCUGAAGAGUUCUCUGAUGAGGAGUCCAGCAACACAUCAUUCUCAGCUCCUGAGGACCUCCACACAUCUUCCUCUGAAGAGGACCUGUCAUUGAGCUCACAGAAAGGGCGUUCCAAAUAGUCUCACAGAAAAGCUAUUUCUUAAAGCCUUUUAAUCAUUUCCUUUAUCCCAUGCAAUAAAAAAAAAAAAAAACUCAUGCAUUCAA